AUGUCUGAAAAGAAAUCGAUCCAGGACCUUCUUAAUAUGCUCGCUUUAGGCGAGACAUUAUCACCCUCUCAGGAGAAAAAGAUGAAGGAUCAUCUUUUCUGGAAUAGUCAACCAGUCCCAAAAUUAGAUGAAGCUAUUAAAGAGGAAGGUCCAAUUGAUGCUCCUAAAACUCCAGCCGAUGUUCCUGACAAGCCAUUUCCAUUGCUUCCUGAAUUUGGAUGGAGCACUGUCGAUAUCGACGACGACAAACAAAUCAAUGAACUUUAUGAUUUGUUAUACGAAAAUUACGUCGAAGAUACAGAUGCCACAUUCAGAUUCAAGUAUACUCGCGACUUUUUCAAGUGGGCAUUGAAACCUCCAGGUUGGAAAAAGGAGUGGUAUGCCGGUGUUAGAGUAAAGUCCAGCAACAGGUUGAUUGCAUUCAUCGCCGCUACCCCCGUCACAAUCAAGUUGAACAAAUCAAACAAGACAAUGGAUGGUGUUGAGAUAAACUUUUUGUGUAUACACAAGAAGUUGAGAAAUAAGAGACUUGCCCCCAUAUUGAUCAAAGAGAUAACUAGGAGAGUGAAUAAAGAAAACAUUUGGCAAGCUUUGUACACUGGUGGCGCUAUUUUACCUACGCCUCUUGCCACUUGCCGCUACCAGCAUCGUCCUCUCAACUGGCCCAAAUUGUAUGAUGUUGGAUUCAGUCAUUUACCGGCUGAUAAAACGAAAGCCAAUAUGAUAGCCCAAUACGCGUUACCCAACACUACCCAGUUACCCGGGUUGAGGAAAAUGACUGAGGCUGAUGUGCCAAGCACUUUGAACUUGUUGAAUGAGUAUCAGAAAAGAUUUGACAUUGUGCAAGAGUUUACCGAAGAGGAGUUCAAGCACUGGAUGUUGGGUCAAGAGAGUGUCAUCAAGGCGUAUGUGGUGGAAAAGGAAGGAAAGAUAACCGACUUUGUUUCGUAUUACCUUCUUCCAUUCACUGUUUUGGAAAAUAAGCUCCAUGAUGAAUUGGGGGUCGCCUACUUGUACUACUAUGCCACUGAUGCCAAAGAAAACUAUAAGACCAAGUUGACAGAUUUGAUGAAUGAUGCGUUGAUCACCGCCAAACUGUUUGAUGCAGACGUCUUCAACUGUCUCACCUGUCAAGACAAUACCUUUUUCUUGAAACCUUGUAAAUUUGGUAGUGGCGAUGGGUUUUUGAAUUACUACUUGUUCAAUUAUAGAACUUUCCCUUUGAAUGGUGGAAUUGAUAAGGAGACAAAACAGGUUGAAGAGAACCAAACGAGUGGUAUAGGGGUGAUUCUUUUGUAG